AUGGCGUUGAAGAACAUUCGGUCAAACCUCGACCGUCUGUUCGACAAGAGCCUCACCGAUCUCAUUCGUGGUAUCAGGAACAACAAAGAUAAUGAGGCUCGUUAUAUCGCGUCGUGCAUCGAGGAGAUCAAGAUGGAGCUCAAACAGGAGUCGACGUUCGUCAAGGCCAAUGCUAUCGAGAAAUUGGCAUAUUUACAAAUGCUUGGCUAUGACAUUUCGUGGGCCUCGUUCAACAUCAUCGAGGUGAUGGCCUCAACAAAAUAUACCGAAAAACGGAUAGGAUACCUGGCCGCCGCCCAAUCCUUUCACGACGACACCGAAGUGUUGAUGCUGACGACCCAAAUGAUUCGAAAGGAUAUUAAUUCUCCCAAUAUGUAUGAUUCGGGCGUGGCGCUGGGCGGUAUGGCCUGUUUUGUGACCCCGGAUUUGGCCAGGGACUUGGCUAGUGAUAUCGUCAAUCUGUUAACCUGCUCCCGGCCAUACAUCCGGAAACGAGCCGUGCUGCUGCUGUACAAGAUUUUUCUAAAAUACCCCGACGCGCUACGGCCGACGUUUCCCCGAUUAAAGGAACGGCUUGAAGACGCGGAUCCUGGCGUCCAAAGCGCGGCCGUGAACGUCAUCUGCGAGUUAGCGCGAAAGAACCCGAAAAACUAUCUGACGCUGGCGCCCGUUUUCUUCAAGUUGAUGACGACGUCGUCGAACAAUUGGAUGUUGAUCAAGAUUAUUAAAUUGUUCGGCGCGCUCGUCCCGUUGGAGCCUAGACUGGGCAAAAAGCUGCUCGAACCACUGACGAAUUUGAUCAACAGCACCUCGGCCAUGUCGCUGCUCUACGAGUGCAUAAACACGGUCAUUGCUGUGCUCAUCAGCACAUCCGCCGGCACCCCGGGCGACCACACGACAAGCAUCCAGCUGUGCGUCCAGAAGCUCGGCCUGCUCAUCGAGGAUUCUGACCAGAACCUUAAAUACCUGGGCCUGUUGGCGAUGGGCAAGAUUUUACAGACGCACCCGAAAGCUGUGCAGGCGCACAAAGACAUUGUUCUACGCUGCCUCGACGAUCGUGACGAGAGCAUCAGGAUAAGGUCCCUCGACUUGCUCUACGGCAUGGUGUCGAAGAAGAACAUCAUGGAGAUUGUGAAGAAGCUGAUGGAACAUGUGGAACAUGCUGAGGGAUCACAUUAUAGGGACGAGCUGCUGUCCCGGAUCAUCUCCAUUUGCUCCUACAACAACUACCAAUACAUCACAAACUUUGAGUGGUACAUCUCGGUGCUGGUUGAGUUGACGAAGGUCGAGGGGACGAAGCACGGCGCCAAAAUUGCUGAACAGAUCCAAGACGUCACCGUACGCGUCCAAUCGAUUCGCCACUUCUCCGUCUCCCAAAUGGCAUUAUUGGUGGAGAACGCGAAUCUGCUCCUUUCCGGAAGCGCACAGCAGCGCUCAAACAUCAGCGAAGUGCUGCUGGCGGCCGCUUGGAUUUGUGGCGAAUAUUGGGAGCAUGUCCGCGAUCUGGAUGGCGUCCUCGCAGCCAUGCUCAAAGCAAAACCAUCGUUGAUGCCCGGCCACAUCCUGUCCGUCUAUGUGCAAAACAUUGGAAAGCUGUACGCCGCGCUGUUGGGCAAGGCCGAGGCCGAGGACGAUUGGGACGCCGUCGAAUCGCUGGACAAUUUGAUGAUGAGCAAAUUGCCGGAGCUCGAGUUGGCCGAACAUUUGGAGGCUCAAGAAAGGGCGUGCACCCUAGCCGCGAUGCUGCGCGUCCUCGAGCAGUACCACAGUCGAAAGGAGAAGGUUGGAGCGGAAGUGUGCCAAUUGUACGAGGGAGAGCUGAACCCGGUGGCCGGAAAGGCACAACGGAAAGUGCCACUGCCGGAGGGUCUCGAUCUGGAUGUGUGGAUCGGAGAGGAGUGGCAGGAGAGCGCGUCGGAAAGCAGCGAUGAAGAUGAGGCCGAGAAGACGUUCGGACAGAUGCGGGUACGCAGCGAGUUCGCCAACUUUGGCGGCCCACCCCGAUACGAAUCCGACGGCGAGGCCGAGCCCGCACACCAGAAAAAGCCGAAAAAGAAGGAGUCCACCGAGCUGACGCCGGCCGAGCUGGAGAAGCGGAAGUUGCAGAGAGAGCGAGAGAUACAGAGCAAUCCGUACUACGUGAAAGGAACGGCCACACAGCCAAAACGCCCCACCGAAUUCCAAAUGGCGCCGAAAGCUGAAGAAAACGGGACAACAUCGGCGCAUUUGAAUAUACAAAGUCCGCUGGAGAUUCCAGGCGUCGUCGGCCUCUCCCGUUAUAUGGAACAACAGGACGCGACGUUGACCUGGAAGAAGGCGAAGAAAGAGAAGAAAAAGACGACGAAAAAGGGCAAAAAGAAGAGGCAUGACACGACUAGUGAUGAAGACGAGGCCGUCGUCGUUCACCAGGUGAAUCGACAUGACGGUGAGAUGCCGGAGAACGCAAAAUCCACCGACGAUGAGGCCGAGGAGAAAACGAACGGCUUGACCGACGAGUUCAAGGCGCUUGACGUGAAUCUGGACGAGCCGCUCAGACCCGAUGAAAUCGUUCGCGGUCCCCAGGCAUAUAUCCGACAAACCGUCAGCCAUCGUCCACUUAUGCAGGGCCCACUGCAACCUCGGCCACCAACCACGGGACCACUGCUGAAGAAGCCGGCCGUAGAGACGAAGAAGAAAAAGAAGAAGACCGAAAAGGAUGCGGAGGAAAAGCCCAAGAAAAAGAAGAAGGCAAAAACCCCUGGAGCGACGGCCACAAACGGCGAACCGGUUGCGCCCGAGGCCACAAAUGACAUCGACACCUGGCUGGACACGGAAACCGUCGUUGAACAAGCAGCGGAUGCGCUCAAGGCCGAAAAGAAGGGCAAGGGCAAAAAGAAGAAGCUGGCGGUGCCGUCGCGUGAAGCCUACGAGCAGCCAUCCGGUGUCUGCACGCCGUCCUCAAAUCCGUUCAGCGAAUCGAUCGGGGCAUCGCCCGCGUCCAGCCAUCCACACCUAGCCAGUCUGGCUAGUAAUGGGGACUUGAAAGCGGAAUACUCGGUCGGUGUUUGUCCGGACGAGCCUUCGGUUUGCGUGGUUACGGUGGCCCUUGUCAAUGAGGGAUCUCUGGAGGUGAAGCGGGUCGAGAUGAACGUGUGCGAUACGCUGAAUGCCCGGCUGAAAACGCAGGGCGCCGAGGAUGGUAUUUCUGUGCCUACAAUCCCUCCUGGCGGCACCGCCAGUGUUCAUCUCCGGCUGUCCAUUGCCUCCCCGUCGGUGUCGCAAAAGAUACGCGGCUCGCUGACGUAUUUUGUGCAGGAGGGCGAAAACUCGAGCUCCGAGAAGCUAGACUUCAAGCUCGCCAUCCCGACCACCACCUUCCUGUCACCAGCGACUAUUGGAAAGGAAGCCUACGGCAUCCUCCUCUCCGGCGAUGAGAUCGACAUGACCGCGUCGGCGUCGUGCAGUAGCCCGUUGACGUUUAAGCAGACCGUGCAGCGCAUCACGCAACGGGCCAGGUUUUCGGUUGUUGAAGAAGUGGCUUCUGCCGCCUCCCUUUAUGCCACUACACAGACUGGCGAGCCGAUCGCGAUACUCGUCAAGAAAACGACUGACGGCCUCCAAAUCGACGGGAAAGCCGCCGACCAGCAGCUCAUCUCCAGCCUGGUCGACGACUUGAGGGAGCUCUGCUCUCGCAAA